AUGGGGGAGUCAUCCGACACCAUGGACGACCAUAUGAGAAUGUCCGAAAGAACCGCAAGAGAGAGUUUGUAUACAUUGUCAAGGGAUGUUGUUGAAACUUUUGGAGACGUGUAUUUGCGGAAACCUUCGUUGCAUGAUUUGCAAGAAUUGUAUGCGGCGCAUGAAGAACGUCAUGGGUUUCCCGGAAUGAUCGGAAGCAUUGAUUGCACACACUGGAAAUGGAAAAAUUGUCUGGUAGCAUGGAAAGGGCAAUACGCAAGUGGUCAUCACGGAUCACCUUCAUUGGUGUUAGAGGCCGUCGCUUCUCAAGAUUUAUGGAUUUGGCAUGCAUUUUUUGGGGUUGCAGGUUCCAACAACGACGUCAACGUUCUUGAUCAGUCGCCAAUAUUCGACGAUUUUUUAAAUGGAAAAGCCCCGGAUGCUCCUUUUACGGUGAAUGGAAACGAAUACAAAUAUUGGUAUUACCUUACAGAUGGAAUAUAUCCUCAGUAUUCCACAUUCGUGAAGGCAUUCCGCCACCCGGUUGAAGAACGAGACAAAUUUUUUAAGAGAAGACAAGAAAGAGCAUGUAAAGAUGUGGAACGUGCUUUUGGAGUGCUGAAGGCCAAGUGGCAUAUAGUCGAACAUGCAGCACGACCAUUGGAUUUAGAAAAUUUACGAUAUAUCAUGUAUGCAUGUAUCAUAAUGCAUAACAUGGUAGUAGAAGAUAAAGGGAGAAAUAUUGCACACUAUAUCCCAACAGAGCUCAGACACGUUCAGUUUCAACCAGGAACAACAGUAUAUUUGCAUCGCGUUGUUGACAUUCAGGACGCAAAUAAACACAGACAACUUCGAGAUGAUUUGACGGAUUAUAUCUUCUAUGGUAACAAUAACGAUAACGAAUAG